AUGGGGGGCCGUGACAGAACCGUCCGGGAGCUGGCGGGCCGGAGUGGUGUCUGGCCAAUGGAAGAUACGAUGGGUGGGGCAGACCCGCUCACGGGGCGUCUCCGCUGGGGCGGGGCUGCCCCAAAGGAGCCAAAGAGCGAGACCGAGACGUGGGCCGGGCCGGGCGGCAGGGCCUCUGGGCGGCUUGGGCGGGUCUUACCUCGGGCUCCGCCGCGGUGGCCACUGCAGCCCCCUCCUCUUCGGGAAACGCCACCUCCUACCCGCGGCCCCAGGGUCAGGGCGCCGGAGACCGCAGAGGCUGAGGCCACCAAGAGUCAAACGGUUCCAGGAGGGUGGGCCCAGCUGCCUCAGGGUCCGGGAGAGCGGCCGCCGCGCAUCCCCCGCCCUGUCAGAGAGACUCCGCCCGGCCCGCGAGGGCACAUCCCCCGCCGCACCCCGCCCAGAGAGCACGCGUUGGACCGUCGCCUCAGCCGCUGUCGCCGCCUCUGCCGGUGCCGCGGGUGCCUCCUCCGCCGCCUCUCACAGUCCUUGCGGUACCCUCAGCAGCCACCGCCAACCGCCGCCGCGUCCCGCGUCCACUCAGGCCCGCGCGCCCCCGACCCCGCGCACGCGGCCCCGCCCCGAGCGACUCCUCGGCUGCAGACGAGCAGGCGCGCGCGCACUUACCUCCCACGCCCCCUACCGGAGCCGGGCAGCCUGCCGGCCCUGCCCCCGCACGUGACGCCGCCGGAGAGAACGGCUGGCGCUUGCGCGGGCACGCCCCAUUCGUCCGCCCCAGGCGGCCCCGCCCAAACUUUUCUUCCUCACCUUACGGCAGAGCUCGGAACGCUGCCUCAGAUUCUCACUCCACUAGAGAGGAAUGUCGCAAGGUUGGGGUAG